GUUACCUCGGAAAUAUUCUUUGUGAGUAAUUCUCAAAAACACUUAGUUUACUUACUUUUGUAGACUCGUUUAUUGAACAACUAUUAUUUUUGUUAAUUUUCCAUGCAGUUGCACUAUAAAUUUGCAAUUUUUAAAAGAUUUAAAAUCAUAAUGCUAGACCAUUUCCCCUGAAAUUCUUUAGCAGUCAUGACAACCAGAUUUGACAUGGACAGUGGAAGACUCAAACUGCAGACGGCCUUGAAAAGGAAUGAUAAUUUUGAAGGUCACAUUUUCGAUACUGGCACCAAGAGCGCUAGCCUUGCUAAGGCUGAACGUGAAAUUAAGGCACUGAAAGAAGAAAAUAUGAAACUACGCACUGAAUUGGAAGAAACCAGGUCAACCCUUCGUCAGUUGGUGACUGAAAGUUCUCACGAGAAUUUUGAUGAACGGCGUGUCAAUUUGCUCAAAUGUCAGAUUAUUCAGCUGGAACGACAGAUGUUGCUGCUGUCUGAUGCGAUCGGGAGUAGAACUGAGAGUCUGAUGGAGGUGGAGAAUGUUCUCUGUUGGCUCGCAGACAACUUUAGAUUGUACAUUACUGCCGAGGUUAAAGGUCCUUGUGUCCCUGUUGAAAGACGGGAGCUAACUCGAAUGGUGGAGUCCACAGAGUCUGCAAGAAUAAAGUUGUUUAAGAACAUUGAGAAUUGCUCAAAGCAGACCUUGUCACGCCCCCUGAUGUUUAUGAAUAAGUUCAUAUUGCCAGGUCGCGAGGAAGAAGUCACAUUGCUGAAUAUUGCUUCUGGAAAACUGGAUCAUGUCAAUCUCAAACAUGUGGCACAACUGGAAUCAAAACUUAGUUUACUGUACAAAGAGCUGAUCAGAAUCCAUGCACUUAUGGUUGAGACAGAAUCGGCCAAUCACAAGCUGUUUUCAUGUCAUGUGACUACUGUGGUGAGAGAGAGGCUGAAGACUCAGAUACUGAAAUCCUGUGCCAUGAUGAAAGGUUGUGCUGAUGACCUCAUGGCCUUGUCCUUGCUCUAUCCCAGUGCACCCUGGCGUGUAUUGAAGAAGCCAGUGGUCGAGGAUGUUUCCUGUGAACAGUUCAUGUCAUGUCUUCCAACCUUACCUCGCAGCAAGACUCAGGAGGUUCACCUGUGUAUUCAAGCCCUGUUGAAGUCGUGUAACUAUCGGCAACACAUGAUGGACAAACAGAUAAAGACACUGAAGAAUGAAAUCAAGUUUCACCAGAAAGUGUACAGCCACCAGGUGCAAUACAUGGAGAUAUUGUUCGAUUCACUCAGGGAUAAUUACUGCAGUUUUGAGAAAUCUCUCCAGGAUGUUUUCAUUCAGCCUAUGAGAAAUAUCCUUGAUGCUUUUAACAAUCUGGAGGAAUCUGCCUCGGAAAAUACACUGAAGAUAUUUCUAAGUACUUUCAAGGAAAAUAAGCAACAAUUUAUAGAUGCUAUAGAGAAGUUUAAGAAACUUGAUGAAAAUGAAGAAGGGAAAGAUACUUCAGCUUUGUCCAAUGAAAAUGCCAUUUCCAGUUUCGGUGACGAGUAUUUCAAGUCUCUUGAGACGAUUGUUCAGAAACAGCAACGUAAGCGAGACCGAGCGACGCGGGAAGACGAAGACCUGAGAGUUGAACAGCGACGACUGGAUGAUGAACUCCGCACACUUCUCAGAGACAUGGAACUCGAACAGUCUGAUCCCAGGCAAACAAACAGUGUUGCUGACAACAGUGAAGUCCAAAAUGACCAUGUCGUUUCGGACAAAAAGGAAUCCAGGCACAGUAUUUCUGAAAAUAGUGAUGAUAAAACUGUCGGUGUUGCUUCGGACAAAAAAGAAUCAAGGCACAUUAUUUCUGAAAAUUGUGACAGUAAAAACGUCCGUGGUGUUUCGGAUGAAAAAGAAUCCUGUAUUGCCAACAGUAGUUCAGUUAAAAACCUUGUUUCUGACAGAAAAGGAAACCAUGAAAAUACCUCGAAAAUGUCAAAGUCAAAGCCUUCUGUAACCAAUCUAAAUGUAGAUAGGGGUUAUGAAGAAUUAACAAAGGAUAAAAACAACACAGCUCAGUUAUCCUCUGUUAAAGGUAGAAAUUCCUUCGCUAUGCUUCCUUCCAAAUUUUUAGUGUCAGCUGAAAAGACAAAAUCAACAGAUGGACGACAAUCACAACAGUUGUCUUACAAACCAAAUUUGCAGUUGGCCAAGGAAAUUCUUCAAUUAAAAAGAUCAGGAAGCUUGUCUCAGCUUUAUACCAGGAGAGCUUCGUCUUCUAAUGAAAUUGCGGACUUUCGUUUACAGUCCGAUUCCAUGGAUCAGUUGGAUUUUGACGACACGCCGUCAUCAAUGAAGGAAAUCAAGGGGAAAAGGACAUUGCGAACACUUCAGAAACCGCCUUUUAAAUGAUGCAGCAGGGACACUUUAUCAAACAACAUUACCUCUGAUAUACAUGUUUCACACACCUUAAAUUCUUGAUUCACAAUAUUUAAACAGAGUUCUUGUUCAAGGAUUUAUAUUACAUGUAAAAAAAAAAAAUUGUAUUUUGUCAUUUUAAUAUUUUUUAUUGCAAUUUGUUUUUACACACAACAAAAUAUCAUCUGCAAACUGUGAUUCGAUGAAUGUAAAAGAAAUAAC